GGACAAUAACAACACGUUCAAAACGCGGUCCUAGUACGAUACAAAUGUUUAGUGUUGUACUUUCCGCGGUAAUACUAUUGCAUUUGGCAUAAACGACUUUACUUCUUUUCGUUUUAAGAUUAUUUGUGCUUAGUGAUUUCGACUAGUUCUUAUGUCGCAUGGAAGCAGACCACAACAAAUGAUGAUAGAUCGUGUUUUAUGAAGAUUUCUUCAUACUUAUUUGAGAAUUAAUAAGAAACAGAUAGGCGAUGAUUUCUUUUGAAUAAUCCAGAUUAUAUAGUUGUAGAAAUGAAAAUAGACCGGACGAAGUUAAAAAAGAGUUCAUCUGAAGUGCCUCCUGAUUGCAAGGCACUCAUUGAUAAACUAAAAUCCUGCAAUCAUGAUGAGCUUUUGGAAGAAUUAUCCAAGAUAAAAACAUGGAAUUGUGGGAAGUGUGAAUUAUACCAUUGGAUUGAUAUCCUUGAUGCAUUUGAUUAUAUAUUGGAAAUAUCAUGUGAGAAAGUGCGAGAAAAUCAAUGGUGCCUCCCUUGCGAUGAGCCAAGUCAAGAAAAACACAAACAACUUCUGCUUUGUGUACUACAUUUCACAGCUCUUCUCAUAGAACAUAGUUUUUCACGGCAUUUCUACAAUUCAAUGGAACACCUCACUGUUUUGCUGUCAUCCAGUGAUAUGAAUGUAGUUCUAGCAGUGUUGAAUCUUCUAUAUGUGUUCAGUAAAAGAUCAAAUUUUAUCACAAGGCUUAAUGCAGACAAGAGACAGACCCUACUAUUGCGACUGUUGUACUUAGCUGAGAGUUGGGGUGGCAAAGAGAAUGGAUUUGGUCUUGCUGAAUGCUGUCAAAAUUUGCCUAUUAUUGCAUAUCCGUCAAGUGCUUCCACUCUGCAUUUUGAAUAUUAUGCUGAAAGUGGGGAAGAAAAAGUAGUAAGAAAAUCCACGAAUACCAUAAUUGCUAUUCACAUAGAUAAUGUUGAUCAAAUACCUGAUAAAACGCCCUCUCAUAUAAUGGAAGAACUUGUUGAAAAGUACUCCGUACCAGAAGAUAAGCAGAUGCAGUUAUUUACUCACAUCAGAUUAGCUCACAGUUUUCCGGAUUACUUGAAAAGAAUACUCUGUGUACAAGCUAGACUACAAGCUUUAUCCGUUUUAGUGUAUUGUAAUGCUGUACCAGAGAAUGUGAAUUCCCUUUUAUAUAAUGGCCUUAUUGAAGAGUUAGUUGAUGUUUUAGAAUUGCAGGAUCCGAAUCUAAUAGAAAUUAAAGCAGCUGCUCUAAGGACUUUGACUUCUAUCAUACAUUUGGAUCGCAACCCUAAAUUAAAUGCUAUAAUAGAUGCAACAGGAGCUGCUUCUUAUCAUGGAUUUUUGCCGGUGCUUGUGAGGAAUUGCAUUCAGUCUUUAACAGAACCAGAAUCGGAAGCAUUUCCACUACCUUUUGCUACAGCUCUGUUCUCAUUUUUGUACCAUCUUGCCAGCUAUGAAAGUGGUGGUGAUGCUCUUGUUUCUUGUGGUAUGAUGGAAGCUUUACUUAAGGUGAUCAACUGGCACAGUACAGAAACAGAACAUAUAACUUUUGUUACAAGAGCAGUGCGUGUCAUUGAUUUAAUUACAAAUUUAGAUAUGCAAGCAUUUCAGACUCAUGGAGGACUUGCUAGUUUUAUUCAGCGGUUAGAGGUUGAAGUGAAUGUGUGUCGGCAAGAUCAACCCUUUGUUAUCAAUCCUAAGUUAAAUGAAACAGUUGCUGUAGGAUCUCCUUAUUCCAAGUCAUUAACAUCACCAUCUGAUUUUCAAGGUGAUAUGGAUAUAGACUCGUCUCCUCAUAAUAGUUCCAGAACAACAGAGAGUGACAAUGAUGUGGCCAGUGAUACCUGCGAAUCUUGUUUAAACAUUGAAACUGAAGAUUCAACCAGGCAUUUAGAUGUGAAGAAAGGAGUUCAAUGCUUUCCUCAGAGAGCUGCCCUUUUGAAAUCAAUGCUCAACUUUCUUAAAAAAUCAAUUCAAGAUCCAGCAUUUGCUGAUAAUAUUAGACACUUAAUGGAUGGAAGUCUACCUAAUUCUCUGAAGCACAUUAUAAGCAAUGCUGAAUAUUAUGGUCCAUCUUUAUUUCUAUUAGCUACGGAUGUUGUUACUGUUUAUGUUUUUCAAGAACCACUUUUGCUUCCUCCCCUUCAAGUUAAUGGGUUGACUGAUGUUGUACUUCAUGCCCUGUUAAUAAAAGAGGUGCCUGCCACAAGGGAAGUUUUGGCAUCACUACCAAAUGUAUUUAGUGCUCUGUGUCUAAAUGCUCCGGGUCUCCAGUCUUUUGUAGCCUGUAAACCCUUUGAGAAACUUUUUAGGGUUCUGGUAUCGCCUGAAUAUUUACCUGCCAUGCGUAGGCGGCGUAGUUCUGAUCCUAUUGGUGAUGCUGCUAGCAACUUAGGAAAUGCAAUGGAUGAAUUGAUGCGACAUCAGCCCAGUUUGAGAACUGAUGCAACAGCUGCUAUAAUUAAGCUAUUGGAAGAGUUAUGUGCUAUGGGAAGAGAUCCUAGAUAUAUUUGUUCUCGUCCUACCGCCAAACCAGAAGUUGUUACUGCUGCUGUGACCAGAAUUGCAAAUGUUUCAAAUGAUGCUGGUUCAUCAGAUGAAGAAGAAGAAGAUGAUGAUGACACUGGAAGUACCCCUGUUCAAGGACCUUUACCUAAAACUCAGAAUGAUAGAAACAAUGGAAUAGAUUCAAAUGGUACAAAUUCCUCUAAGACUGCUGUGCCUUUAGUUGAUUACAUUUUGAAUGUGAUGAGAUUUGUUGAUGCCAUCUUGAGUAAUAAUUCUACUGAUGACCAUUGUCGUGAAUUUGUUAGGCAAAAAGGCUUAGUCCCUUUGAUGGCUAUUUUGGGCUUGCCAAAUUUACCUAUAGAUUUUCCUGUUACUCCGACUUGCCAAGCUGUUUCUAGUGUCUGUAAGUCAAUAUUGAAUCUUGCUCAUGAACCGCAAGUUCUAAAACAAGGAUUGUUGCAUUUGAAUGAGGUCUUGCAAUGUUUAGAGCAAUUGCACCGACCUGUAGAUCCUCCUGGUGGCAGCGUAUUGUUAGAAGAAUUAAUCAGUGCACCUAAUAUGAAUGAUGCUACUUUAAGUGCCCAAACAACUCCUUUACUUCAUUAUAUGUCUGCAGCACAUGCAUACAUAAUAAUGUUCGUUCAUGUAUGCCGUACUGGCCAGAGUGACAUCAGAACAAUAUCUAUCAGUCAUUGGGGCUCUGAACUUGGAUUGAGUGUUCUGAAAGGACUCAGUUCUUUAUACACAUCUUUGGUAUGGGAAAGUACAGUUUUGCUUGCACUGUGUAGUAAUGACAGUACACUUGCUGAAGACGUUCAGUUUGGUAGGCAGCAACUCGAAAAAUUGCUACCAAAGGAAUCUAAGGUUGAAAAAGAUGAUAUGCCAGGUUGCAGUGCUACAGAAUUUGGUUCAAACAGUGUUACCUCUGCUAUGGAAGCGCUAAGUACAAAUAGUUGCUCAUCUGCAAUGGAUAUUGAUGAUAGUUGUCACUGUACAUCAAUGGAAGACACUACAAACGGGAGUUUAGCAAGUGCUGAAAAAAUAAAACCUAAAGGUUACACCCAGUUAAAGCAGAUAAAGCCUCUUUUGUCUGGUGCAUCAAGAUUAGGGAGGGCUUUAGCAGAAUUGUUUGGCCUGUUGGUAAAGCUUUGUGUUGGCUCUCCUAUGCGCCAAAGGCGUGGGCAACAAAUUCCUCCAUCACCGAGCAUGCCUUCGCCAGCAGCCCGUGCUGUUGCAACAGCUUUAACUCGACUCCUAGCUAUGGGCUUGUCUUGGGAACCACCUCCAUCAUCUCCAGUGCCCAAAUUUCGGUUGACCUUUUACAUCUGCUCUGUUGGUUUUACUUCUCCAAUGUUGUUUGAUGAGCGAAAGUAUCCUUAUCAUUUGAUGCUACAGAAAUUUCUGAGCUGUGGUGGUUUGGAUGCAUUUUUCAAUACUUUUCGUUGGGCUUUGACUUGUGGCAACAAAGUUCCCAUUGAAGACGGUUUGGAACAUCCUGAACUACCAGAUGGAACUGGUGAGUUUUUGGAUGCUUGGUUGAUGCUCUUGGAAAAAAUGGUGAAUCCUAAAACUGUUUUGGAAUCGCCUCACACUCUGCCUGUUAAACCUAACCAGCAAGGAAGUUCUGGUUUCAAUCCACUUUUGUUUUUAAUUCAUAUUCACAAGCGUGCUUUUGAGAGUAUUAUGUAUCUGUGGGACAGAAGGCCUCUACUCGUUUAUGGUGAAAGAAUUGCUGAAUCGAUGUUAUCUGUGAUAUGCCAUAUACUUAAGGGGGAAACAAUUAUAAAAGAACGUCUUUCAAAAGGAGAAGAUAUCAAACCAUCUGCCCCUUCUGCAGCAACAGCUUCGAGCCCCACCUCAGCAGGUUCUGCUAAUAGGAUAGGAAAUCGAAAUAGACAUGUUUUAGAUGGAGAUGACAGUGGAGUAAAUGAUGAUCAUUUACAACAGCUUGUGGAUAUGGGUUUCUCAAGAAGUCUAGCUACAGAAGCUUUGCUCAAUACUCUUUCUUUGGAACAGGCUACAGAUUACCUUUUGAGUUAUCCUUCGUCCUUAGGAAGAAAUUCUGCAACACCUGAAACUGCACCUGCUUUGGGAAUGGACUGGGAAAUGUCAGAGGAAGAUCAGAUGUUACGUGCAAUAGCAAUGUCAUUGGGAGACAAUGUUUUGGUGUCCACUAAUCAGAAUGAAAGUGAGCAAAAUAAAACAGAUGAGCAGAAGGAACUGGAAUAUGUGCAGCAUAAAGAAGAACCUUUAUCUUCUCAAUUAAUUGACAAGUUUACUGAAAAAGUUGUUGAUGGGUGUUUAAAGUUGGCUGAUGCAUUGCCUGAAACAGUUUAUCGUUGCUGCGAUUUGUUAAUAGCUGUUGCUGCCAGGAAUGGAGAAAAUUGGCGUAAUCGGUUUUUGAUUCAACGAUUGAUUAACGAGGUUCAUUUUAAAAUGUAUUUUCUUCUGAAGCGUUUAAAUCCUGAACAAAUUCCCGUUGAGCGUAAGGGAUGGGGCAUUGGUUCUAAGUUUCCAUGGAUGCCUGUUGAAUGUAAUUUUGCUGUGCGAUUACAUUUACUUACCCUAAUAUUUGAAGAAAUGAAAUUACCUACUGCUGCUGCAAUAGAAAGCAAAGAAAUCAUUGGAACAUUCAUCUCUAUCUUAGAAUUGACAGCUUCAUGUUUGAAUUUUUUACAAGAUGAACCUACUCCAAAGUGGCUGCCAUUUGUGGUUUUAAUUAUUGAUGAAUAUGAGAAAGCUGCAAUUAUGUCAAAAAGAAAAUCGCCUUUGCUUAUGGCUCCUAAAAGACAAUGGAAGUGGUUCGAUGAUCGUAGUGGUAAAUGGAAUAAUUACACUCUUUCUAACAACAAACUUAUAGAUGAUGCAUAUAAAAAUGGAGAGACAAGCUUACGUUUUAGUGCUGGUCGUAGAAAUUAUACUGUACAGUUAACUACAAUGGUGCAGGUAAACGAGGAGACUGGUAAUUGGCGCCCUAUUAUGCUGACAACAGAAAAUAAAGAAGAGAAAAAAGAAAAAACUAAAUCUGAAUUCAAAGGCAAAGAUAUGCUAAAUUUAGAAGAAUCUUCUGAUUCAUUGUCUUCCGCUGAUAGUAGUAUACAGAGUGUUGACAUGUCAUAUUUAUAUACUCAGCCUGUUCAAAUGAAAAUUAUUAAGAGAUUAAAAGCGAAUCAGUGCAGAAAUUUAGUUCGAUUCUGUGUGAUGCUUAUGAAAGUGCCUCUUGAUCCUGAUACUUUACAUGCAGUAAUGAGGUUGUGUUUAAGGCUGACUCGAAAACACUGCAACGCUGUGAUGUUUGCAAUAAUGGAAGGACCAAAGACUCUUUUAUCUUUAACUCAGCCUUAUGCAUUUAUUGGGUUUACUUCUUUAACUGCCUUGUUGUUUCGUCACAUUCUAGAAGAUCCAAAUACUCUUUCUCAUACUAUGGAAAAAGUGAUCAGAUCAGCAACUGCUGGAGGAUCUUCGUCAUUGUUGGUAUCAAAAGAAAUGCAUUACAUAUUCAGAGUUCUGGGGCCAGCUGCUUGUCGAGAUCCUGAUGUUUUUUCCACUGUAGCUUCUAAUACUUUACGAAUGACGAUUUUACCAAUUACCAAAAGAGAUGAUGAUACUAAUUCUUCUGUUCAAAUGUUGAAGUCUUGUCCUGCUAAAAGUAAUUCAUCUCAGUCUGAUUAUGCCUAUGAUGUUGAAGUAGCAAGUAAUCUAAUAUAUGAUCUUUUGAAUGCCCUCAUUGCAAAGCCUGUUGAAUUGCCCGAUGAAGUUGGUGGAACAUCAGAAUCAAAUCCUGAUAGUGCAGUAUCAACCAAUGAGCAAACCUCGCCACUUCGGGAAGCAAAUACUAAUGAUCUGUUACAAACUGAUGACGACGAUGCCUUGGUUAUACCUCUUGCUCUACCUAAUGUUGAUAGCUUUAGUGAUAGUAAUGAAUCUAUUAAUAUUUCUCGAGAAAGUAGAUUAAAUAAAGAUGCCUCUAAAGACAGUAAAUCAGAUACAAGUUCAAUGAAGAAUGUUCCAAUUAUUAGAAAAUCGGGUAUAUGUCGAUUAUUAGCAGAAUUGGUUCGAUCAUACGCACAGUGUGCUCGUUUGAUUGCCGAUUAUUCCUUCUAUGCUGAUGAUUCUGAACUUAUUAUAGAAGAUUGCACUGCUCUUGCUUUUAUCUUGGAUAAUUUGCUUCAUAAUAAUCAGACAGCUGGAGAUAAAGAAACUCCUGCUCUGGCUAGAGUUCUCAUUGCAGCUAUAGCAUCAUGUAAUCAUUCCGUUGAGGCUCAGACAUCUCUUGUUAAUGAGGUACGACUUGCUCUUCUGCGAGCUUUAUCACUGCCAGAAAGUAGCGAAAAACAUGCCCGCAUUCAAGCUCUUACUGGAUUGAUUAGUACCAUGAUUGAAUCUUGUCCAUCAACAUCUUCCCAAAAUCAAUUAGGGGGAUGUGCUUUAAGAUCUCAAACCCCAAUGAAUAACAUUGUCAAGAUACUUCUUAGAAAAGGAAUAGUUGUUGACUUAGCAAGAAUACCACAUUAUCUAGAUCUGUCUAGUCCCCAUAUGGCUGCUACUGUAAAUAGUGCUCUGAAACCUUUGGAAACACUCUCUCGAAUUGUCAAUAUGCCAUCUGGUCAUAUUACUAGUAAAGCAAAAGGAAAGAGUUCAUCUGCAGCUAUAGAAAUUAGAGAUGUAGUUCCAGAAGCAAUGGAAGAAGAUGCUAGUGCCAGAUCGGAUGUGUCUCUACCAUACCGUGGCACUGAAUCUCAAGGUCAAGAUAUAUCAAUUGAUCCUACUCUUGAAGGUUUGAUGAAUGAAAUUCUUGACCGUCAUGAUCGCCCAUCAAGUUCUGAACAAGUCUCUCAUGAUACUGCUACAAGUGGACAAGAUGUGAAUGUUGCUGUUGAGAUGGAUUCUAAUACUCCAAUUCAAACUCGUCACUCUGCUACCUUUGAAGAUCACUCUCAAGAAGAUCAGCAAGAGAGCAGCGAUUCUGAAAGUAAUUCCGAAUCUGGUCAUAGUCAUAGUGAAGAUGAUGCUGAACGUGAUGAACGAGCGGAUGAUCCUGAAGAUGAUGAUGAUGACGAUGAUGAUUCAUCUCGUUUUGAUGUUGGAGAUGAUUAUCCUGGCUUGGAUUUCUUCCGGGUUGAAGAUCGUGAUGACAGUUUAUUUUUUCAAUUAGAAGAAGUUUUCCCAGCAUCCAGUGGUUCUUCCGUAAUUUUUGGUGGGACAGAUGCUGUGCGCACUUUUCAGAUACCUGUUGUGACUGAUGAUUCAAACAAUGGAAAUGAGACUCCUGCUCCUACAGUACCUCCUGCACCAAGAUCUGUGACUACUAUUCAUCCUUUAUUGGUGAGGCAUGAAGAUUCGCAGUGUUCCUUACAGCCUAGAGUUCAUAGAAGACAAAGAGGCUAUCGGACAAACAUUGGUGGCCAUACUUGGCACAUGUAUGCUACUCCCAAUGGUAAUAACAGCAGCGGAAGGCAGACUAAUCCACCUGUGAUACUGCAGAGCUCUCAGCCUUCAUCUUCAGUACAGUCAAGAGUUGUCUUUGCAAACAGUGACUUCCGCAUUCUUGCAACGGAAGAUGAAGUCUUUGAAAUUCAGGACCAAACUCAAAAUUUAACAGAUAAUUCAGGUACUCUGUCUGCAAUUCCUACUACAUUAAACAGAUGGGCUGAAGAAUCAAGGGUUCUUGAUGGUGAUAGUAUACAUGAUUGUGUGACAGGAUUAAAGCCGUCUAUAAUCAAAGCUUUAGAAGCCCAUAGAGAUGAUGAAUUAAUUGAGAGAAGAGAGAAAAGAAGAAAGCUUCAUGAUAAAAAUUCAGAUAAAAACCAUGAAACAAUAAUUUUAAGUGAUACUGAAACCUUGGAUGGUAUGACCAAUACACCUGAACAAAUAGCCUCAACUAUGGAAGUUGCUGAACCAGCCAGUCAAUUUGAAAGUGACAUAUCUGCUACCCGUAAUAGUCCUUUGAUCAGCCUGCCAGAAGAUGUACCUGCUCGAGACUUAAGAUCUCUGAGUACUGAAAGACUUGCUGCUUCUAUAGUGGAGCAAGUAUUGGGACCUGCUUUAGCUAUUACAUCUAAUGCUGGAUUUCUUCUUCCUUCGCGGCCUACAACCAUACCAUCAGAAACUAGACCUUCUACAACACUUACUAAUUUCAUGAUUUCUCAUUUACCAGAAGUAUUGCCAUCUACUGUGCCUCGCUUGCAUCAUUUUGAUCCAUCUUCCAUUACAACUCCUUCACCCUCAAACUGGCUUCAGCCAUCUCUGACUUCUCAGCAGCAAUCACCUGAUUUGAGUUCUUUUUGCAAUAUCACGCCAAUGGAUACAGCUGAUGUUGAUGAUCGGGAAGUAACCUCAUCUACUUUGCUUGAACCUCCUUCUGCCUUUCAUAUGAUAGGUCCAACUUUUACUAGUGAUCCACCUUUAAGUUUUUCGGCUCCUGGCAUUGAAACUAUAGAUUUAAUCGAUGCUGAUACAUCUAAUGAUGGACAAGAUAUUAAUAUGUUUGAUUCUUCUGAUCGAAUUAUAACAAGAGCGAGGUCUGGUGUCUUGCAUUCAACUCUUCAUCCAACUAUUGAUUUGUUAGAUUCUUCUCCUGAAGCAGAAGAGAGUCAGAGAAGGGCAAUGCGUUUCUUAGAAUCUAUUAGAGCUGAAGCAAGAGCUGGAAAUUUACCGGAUGAUGAAAGUACGUUAAUUAAUGAGCCUAGUUGUGGACAUCGACUAAUAAAUUCCUCGGAAGAUAACGCUAUUGAUGUAAUAGACCUUUCGGAUUCACCGGAAAGAACUCUUGAGACUUCUGACAAAAGUCUCUCGCAUGAGGAUUCAUUUGCAUCUGUAGAAGAAAGAACAUCAGUAUUAUCUGUGAGCACCUGUAAUAAAACUCAUAGUGAAACUCAUCCAUCAGAGGUAUCAGUUGCUUCCCAUUCAUCUGAAGAAUCUGAAGAAAUUGCUUCUAUAUCAAAUACACAUGAUACUGCUAAUCAACCCAGAAUAUCUACACCGACUUUGAUAUCUGAUGAUGCUGUGCCCUGUGAAAGACCAACAGUGAAUGAGAAUGAUACUCCUUCAGAUUUCUCUAAUGUAUUAGGUGCUGGAGUUGAAAUUCCGGAAGGCGUUGAUCCAUCUUUCUUAGCUGCUUUACCAGAUAAUAUUAGACAGGAAGUAAUUGCCGAGCAGUUACGACUUCAACGUUUGCGAUCACGCACUUACGCUGUCGCAAAUGAAAGUAGUAAUGAUGGAAAUGCUUUUACAGAAGUCAAUCCUGAAUUUUUAGCAGCACUGCCUCCAAAUAUCCAGGAAGAAGUGUUAGCACAACAACGAGCUGAACAACAGCGAUUAGCCGCCCAGAAUUCAAAUCCUGAUAUUCCUGUUGAUCCAACUAGUUUUAUCCAAACGCUUCCUCAAGGUUUAAGGCAGCAGGUAUUGGCUGAUAUGGAUGACAGUUUAUUAGCUCUUUUACCACCCGAGCUUGCAACUGAAGCACACUCUCUGCGGAGAGAAUUAGAAGCUCGCCAUAGACAAAUACAAGAACGAUUUUUCUCUUCACAUGCUGGAACUGCAUUGUCUCGGAUUUUACGUUCUGCUGGUCGCGUUGGAGCUAGAUAUACAAUACACAGUUUACCACAUCGAGGGCAGUGGUCAUGGAAUUCUUUAUCACCACGUGGUGCUUCUAGUCCAUCUGGAAAUAAUGCUGGACUCAGUGGUUCGGCCCUAUCAAGUUCAGUGAAACUGAGAGGACGCUAUCUACUGGAUCACGAGGCUUUAGCCUGUCUUCUAGUCCUUUUAUUUGUUGAUGAACCCCAGUUAAAUACUGGUCGGCUACACAGAGUGCUUAGAAAUUUGUGUCAUCAUGGUCCUACACGAACUUGGGUUGUUAAGUCCUUGUUAUCUAUAUUGGAAAGAACAAAGGACUAUCAGGUGUGCGAUUCUCCAGUUGAUACUCAUCGACAUAAAAAAACCUCAAAGCCUGCUAAUUCUUCAGAGUCCUCUACUGGCCAACAAAGUAGCAGUAAAAUAGAACCUUCGAAUCGCUCUUGUUCACCAUCCUGGCUGUCAAUAAGUCUUGAUGCUGCUUUAGGAUGUCGCACAAAUGUUUUUCAAAUUAGACGGCUAACAACUGCACAUCGACGUGCCAACGAACGGCAGACUUUUGGAAUUCAAAGUGUCCUUUCACCAAAUGUUCCUUUAGUUACUAUACAUCCAUUAGCAUCACCAGUCAUAUGCAGGCAUGUACUGGAUACAUUAAUAUCUUUAGCAAAAAGUUUCCCUGUUCAUUUUCUACCAGUAACAGGAAAAGAUGAAAAAUCAAAGGAACCUGGCAGUAAAGCUGAUCAUAAACAAAGUAAAAGUCAAUCGGAUAAAGCAGAAGGGAAGUCAUCAGCUAAAUCUGAAAGUGAUUUUUGGGAUGUACUGGUGAAAUUGGAUUCCCUCAGUACAACUUCACGUAAAGGUAAAUCGGCUAUUAAACCCCAAAACGUGUUAUCAUCAUAUGGAUCUUCUACAAGUACCUCUUCAGAAAGCGACCAAAAAUUAGGAGGGUUUCAAGCAUCACCACUUGCUCAACUGAUUGGACUGCUUGCUCAUCCUGUUGUUAAGCGGAGUUCUGUUUUGACUGAUCGUUUAUUACGAUUGUUAGCUUUGAUAUCAUUGGCUCUACCAGAACCAAAGAAUACUUUAAAAGGAAAAUCAAAUUCUGAUAAUCGACAUCAAAUCACAGAAGUGCAGCUGGAAACUUCUGAUGCUGCUAUUCAUCUGCAGUCAGAAAAUGGGCAGAAGAAAACACAAAGUAAAUCUCAACCUUCAAAUCUCAUAUUAGAAGACAAUGAAGAAGAAGAAAAUGUGAUGAAACAUUAUUUGAAAUUAGCUGUAGAGGUUUUAACAUCAAAAACUUGUUCAGAAGAAGGCUUGGAAGAUGCUACUGCAUUAUUACUCAGACUAUCUAGAGGAUGUGUAAAAACGAGGCGGACUGUUUUAUAUUUACUAUUGGAUGGUGCUCGUCAGCUUGGCCAAGUUGUUUGUAAAAAUAUUAGAGCUCUGAUGUAUGAAUUGAGAAAUCUAAAUGUGCCGUUAGUUAAUGAUAAGUUUCCAGAAUCAGACGAUCGGGAUACGGAAUAUGAUGGAAAAUUUCAGUUAAAGGGUACUAUACAAGAUAGGUUUACUAAUAGAGCUGUCGUGAUUACGGCACCCAGCAAAAUCAAAAGUAGAAGUGGUCGCGAACUUCAGUUGCCAUCUAUGUCUUCUCUAACUAGUAAAACUUCCAGUCAGGCUUUCUUUUUAAGAAUAUUAAAAGUCAUUAUUCAGUUAACUGAAUCUACUCCACUUUUACCAAAAAAUAAAAGUACUACAGAAUCUGAUGCACAAGAAAAUGGUAGUGAUGUCAAUAUUUCGUCAGCUGCCCGAGCAGAGUUAGCAAUCGUAAACGCUUUGUCUGCUGAAGCAGAAGGUUCAUUUCCGUGGGAUCUUGAUUUAAUGCCUUUCUCAACAAAACCAAAGGCGUCUGGCACACCUAAAGAUUCCCCUUCACUUCAUUUGAGUAGUCAGUUAAUGUUAGAUGAGCUGUGGACAACUUUAAGUGACUGUUUGACAGAGUUAGCAGAAACCCCUGAUCAUCAUGCUGUGUUAGUUUUACAACCUGCUGUUGAGGCAUUUUUUCUGGUUCAUGCAUCAUUUGACAAAGAAACAAAAAAGAAAGAUCAUCAUAAAGAUAGUCAAGAAAAUGAAGUGUCUCAUCUUCAAGAUUUGCCUCCAGUGUCACCUCUAUCUUCCUCAAAUUCAUCUUCUGACCAAGGUAGUACAAGUGCAGAUGUUUCUGCUACAUCAUCAAAUUUUUCAUCAGAUGCAAUCAAGUUUCUGAAAUUUGCAGAAACUCAUCGAACUGUGUUAAAUCAAAUCUUGCGGCAGUCCACGACUCCCUUGGCAGAUGGUCCCUUUUGUGUUCUUGUUGAUCAUACACGAGUUUUAGAUUUCGAUGUGAAGCGUAGGUAUUUCAGACAAGAACUUGAAAGAAUGGACGAGGGUUCCCGACGUGAAGAUUUAGCUGUCCAUGUUAGGAGAGAGCAUGUAUUUGAAGAUUCAUUCAGGGAGUUGCACCGCAGAACUCCAGAAGAAUGGAAAAAUAGGUUUUACAUAGUUUUUGAAGGUGAAGAGGGGCAAGAUGCUGGAGGAUUGCUCAGAGAAUGGUACACAAUAAUUUCAAGGGAAAUCUUUAAUCCAAUGUACGCUUUGUUUACAACAUCGCCUGGUGAUAGAGUUACCUACAUGAUAAAUUCUUCAUCUCACUGCAAUUCAAAUCAUUUAAGCUAUUUUAAAUUUGUUGGACGUGUGAUAGCUAAAGCAGUUUAUGAUAAUAAAUUAUUAGAAUCUUAUUUUACAAGGUCAUUUUACAAGCAUAUUCUAGGCAAGAAUGUUAAGUACACUGAUAUGGAAAGUGAAGAUUAUUCAUUCUAUCAGGGGUUGGUCUUUUUGUUGGAACAUGGCGUUAACGAGCUUGGUUAUGAAUUAACAUUCAGUGUUGAAGUUCAAGAAUUUGGAGUGACAGAAAUUAGAGAUCUACAACCAAACGGUCGAAAUAUCCCUGUGACUGAAGAAAAUAAAAAUGAAUAUGUGAAACUUGUCUGUCAGGAAAAGAUGACUGGUGCAAUUAGAAAACAAUUAAAAGCUUUCUUGGAAGGUUUUUAUGAAAUUAUUCCCAAAAGACUCAUAUCGAUAUUUAAUGAACAGGAAUUAGAGCUUUUAAUAUCAGGAUUGCCAAACAUAGAUAUAGAUGAUCUGAAAGCUAAUACUGAAUAUCAUAAAUAUCAACCAACUUCCCUUCAAAUUCAGUGGUUUUGGAGAGCCUUGAGAUCAUUUGAUCAAGCUGAUCGCGCCAACUUUCUACAGUUUGUAACUGGUACAUCUAAAGUUCCUCUUCAAGGUUUUGCUGCUUUAGAAGGAAUGAACGGAACACAGAAGUUUCAAAUACAUCGAGAUGACCGGUCAACAGACCGUCUUCCUUCUGCACAUACAUGUUUUAACCAACUUGACCUCCCUGCUUAUGAGACUUACGAUAAGCUCCGUUCCAUGUUAUUGAAAGCCAUCCAUGAGUGUUCUGAAGGAUUUGGAUUUGCUUGAUAUCCUGAAAUCUGGUGCAGAAUUCCUCUUGGUGCCUAUGUGAUAUGAGUACUUGCCAAUCGUUGAGGAACUAUGUACUCUUGCAUUUGCUUAGUACUGUCAUAAUUUUUUUUGUUGACUUCAAUGACUAACUAAGUAUUUAAAGAACUUAUGCAAUAUAUAUGUGAAAAGAUUGUAUGUACAGAAUUUUCUCCACGUUUCUAAAGACGACUAGCCUUGUAUAUUUAUUUUUUCUUUUGAGUUGAAAUUCAUGAAUUUGAAAAUAUUCCAUAUAUGUUCUGCCAUAUUUCACAUAAAGCAUUGCACUGAUGAAAAUGAAUUUUAAAAUGUAUUUUUAUUUGAAAAGAAGAUUACGCUUGUAUUUAAAAAUUAGAAAAUAUUUUAUUGCUAAACAGGUUGUAAUGAUAACUUAUUAAAUCUUGAAAAAUAACAAAAAAUAAAGUAUUUGUAUUUUUUACUAUGAAA